CGUACGCCAUUAACCGGGUACGAAAUAAAAAUUGCAAGAGUGGUAACGACAGGUAGGUGAAGAAGUAGCUGAGAGACUUAGAUGAUGGUGGUAUUGGAAUUGGGAGUGGGAGUGGGUCUCCAUUGUUGUGAUCGCCUGCCGGCGACGAUGUUGGAUGCCUUACCUACAUACAGCGUGGGAACCAAUGAUCAACUCAACUAGCUACCACAUUAUACAUAUUAUAUAAUGCUGCACGACUUUCCAGGCAUUGUUCUCGCUCAGUUUCGGACCGUGCAACUCUAGCACGACCUUCGUCACCGUUCUUUCACUCUGUGUUAAGUUCCAGACAAUAGAUCGGAAGGCACGCUACAUAAUGGAAAUGACUUGUGGUGCUUCUACUGUGGCCUUGCAGAUUGGGGGAGGCAGCUCUGCGUUAUGCGGGGCCAAGUCUUUUAACUCGUCGAUUCUAAAAUUGGCUUCUAAGGGCUGUGCCUCCCGACUGGAGAUGAAGCCCCUGCUUCACUUGGCUCCACAAGCCGUCAAAAGAGCUCCGGUUGCAAAAGCAUUGGCAGAAGAUAAUGGAAAAUCAUCUGAACUUGUAGUCUGCUUUGGGGAAAUGUUGAUUGAUUUUGUCCCAACCAUUUCUGGGGUAUCGUUAGCAGAUGCACCUGCAUUCAAAAAGGCUCCAGGAGGAGCUCCUGCCAAUGUUGCAGUUGGCAUAUCAAGACUUGGGGGUUCAUCCGCAUUUGUUGGAAAGGUGGGUGAAGAUGAAUUUGGAUAUAUGCUUGCUGAUAUUAUGAAAGAAAAUAAGGUAGAGCACAGAGGCAUUCGUUUUGAUCCUGGUGCUCGAACUGCUUUAGCAUUUGUAACAUUAAGAGCUGAUGGUGAACGAGAAUUCAUGUUUUUCCGAAACCCCAGUGCAGAUAUGCUAUUAGAUGCAUCAGAACUUGAUGUAGACCUUAUCAAACAGGCAAAGAUUUUCCAUUACGGAUCAAUUAGUUUGAUUGCAGAGCCCUGUAGAUCUGCACAUUUGGCAGCAAUCAAAAUGGCUAAAGAGUCUGGUAGUAUAUUGUCCUAUGAUCCUAAUCUGAGGCUACCAUUAUGGUCUUCACCAGAGGCAGCUCGGGAAGGCAUUUUGAGUAUAUGGGAUGAAGCAGAUAUAAUAAAGGUAAGCGAGGAUGAAAUAACAUUUUUAACACAAGGCGAAGAUCCAUAUGAUGACAAUGUUGUACGCAAGCUUUUUCACCGAAACCUUACGUUGCUCCUUGUUACAGAAGGCCAAGAAGGCUGUAGAUAUUACACAAAGGAUUUCAGUGGGAGAGUAGGUGGUCUCAAAGUGGAAGCAGUGGAUACGACAGGUGCUGGUGAUGCUUUUGUCAGCGGUGUUCUUACCCAGUUGGCCUCUGAUCUGACCAUAAUUCAGGAUGAAACACGAUUGAAGGAGAUACUUAAGUUUGCUAACGCCUGUGGUGCAAUUACUGUUACUGAAAGAGGCGCGAUACCAGCUUUGCCCACAAGAGAGGCAGUACUAGCAGCUUUACCAAAAGUUCUUGCCUAAUUAUUUCUAAUAAGAUUUUCUGUCAGAACUAUCCCAAAGUAAGUUAUUACUAGAUUGAAGUUCGUUAAUGAUCAUGAAGGAUUUUGGUGGGGUUUGACAGUUCAUAUUAUUUGGAUAUUUGGCAGCUGUAUUGAUUCUAUUGAGAAUUCCAUCACCGUCACGGGAACCGUGGAAUUUUAAUUUGUUUGAUUCUGCUAUAAUGCAUAGAUGUAUUUUUGCUUGCGAGGUUAUCGUGAUUUUCUUUUCAUAUAACACUUGCCAUGAUGCAUAUAUAAUUUCAGGUGGGAUUUUCAGUCU